AAGUAUAAAAUCUCUUUUAAGUAAGAUUUUUUAGAACUAUGCAUAGUACUAGAUCAAUUAUUGGUUGCUAGGAUAUCAAUAAUCUCUAACAAUCACAAAGACGAAUAAAGCAAAGUGUUUCCCCAUAUUGUCGUUCGAUUUAAUUUUCAGUAAUUUUAUUUUUUUCGUAAAAAAGAAAAGAUCUGAUAUUUUGAUCAUGUCAAGUGUGACGUACAACGAGCUUUGGAAAAAUGCGCAAACUGAUCUGGAGGAAGUCCUUCAAAUCGAUACAAAUUUACAAAACGCUAAACCGCAAAAAGAUCGUAAAAAAGCACAUAACACAGUUUCAGAAUUAUACGUAAGGUAUAUUUUAAUCUGUAAUAAAUUAGAACUGUGUUACGAUCAAGUAAUUCAACCGCAAAAGCGCAUAUUAAUAAAACAAUUGUUGAUCUCGUGUCUUGGUAGAAUUUUGGAAUUGAAACAUGAGUUAGUCGAGAUAGAUCUUUCAGAGUAUAGUUAUUUCGAUGAUAUUUUAAUAAAAUUGAACGUUACUCCGCAAGAAGCUGAGAUUCGGGUUCCGAGAUUUUUUAGACGUGAAUGUUUACAAGAAAUUGUCGAGAAGCGGAAAUAUAUAGAAAAUACUCUAAAAAAUAUAGGUGCUUUGGAUGAAAUUGUUGUACCAAAAAAGAUGACUGAAUCUGAAGCGAUAAGACUUAUACAGGCUCAUGAGCGCGCUAGACAAGGUCGAUUAAGAUUUCAAUUUAUGAAAGAAAUUCGUCAAAUAAAGGAUAAAUCCGUGAUUAAAGCAGAGGCAGAAAUGAAAGACGAAUCGAUCGAAAAGGCAGCUGUAAUAAAAAUUCAAAAAGCUUGGAGAGGAUACGUGACUAGAUGUAAAAUUCGAAAACGGCGUCUCGAGGAAAUGUUAUUAAUUGGUAUGCUUCAACCGAGUCAAGAAAUAACGGAAAGUGUCAGGCAAGUUGAGAAAGUUAGAGAAGAAAGAUACGAGAAACAAGUUAAAUAUCAAGAAUUGUACGAAAAUUUGAUGAUCGAAGCUAGAGAAAGAAUUCGUAAAGAGAAAAGCGCUAUAAUAGAAGAAAAUAUAAGAAGCGAAGUUCGAAACUGGGUAAACACUUAUUUUCAACAGACAGGAAAAAUUCCCGACUUGCCAUCUGCUGAGAGUGGAGGCUCUAGAAUUAUAUUUAGCAGACAGGGAACUGAGAGUACUAUAAGUAAAUCUACAGCAGUGUCAUCAAAGGAAUCCAAAAAAUCUAAAAGAUCAAAAUCAAAAAAAGACAGUGAUGCUGAACAAUCAGAGGAGGAAACUGAGCAAGGUUUUAAGUCAGUACCUUCCAAUUUUUUGUUGGAUCUAGUACAUGCUAAUCAAGAAUAUCAAGAAGUAUGGAAGAAUAAAGAUGAAGCAACGAAUGCUGCUCAGUUACCAUAUUUAGACAUGAUAGAGAAUGAAAUAACUAAGGAAGUAGAAAAUGAAGUACGAAUUACAGUUGACCAAGCACUUAGAGAUGACAUAGAAGCACUACAAUUAGCACUAGACAGAGACAAAGGACUUAAAGGCAAACGUAUUAAAAAAGCUCAAAAAAAAAUUCGCCGCAGUGGAAAAAAGAAUAAAAAAAGGAAAGAAAAGGAUUUGACACCUGAUAGAACAAUAGAAUCAUUAUUUGAAGAAUUACUAAUUCAAGGAAUUAUUAAGCUACAUAGAGAAAUUCCCCUUACUAGUUUUCAAGGGGAAAAGUCUUUUAUAAAUUAUAAUUUAAGAGAAAAAAAGAAGGAUCCUUUACCAGCACUUGGAGACAUAAGGCAACUGAUAAUUGAAUAUUGUAUACUUCCAUUGGGAAACAAUACUCUUAGAGAACUUACACCUCUAAUCAGAUCAGUGUUAAUAACUGGUCCACGUGACAGUGGCAAAAAGAUGUUAGUAAAUGCAAUUUGCACAGAACUUGGAGCCACUUUAUUUGAUAUUACACCAGCUAAUAUUGCUGGAAAAUAUCCUGGAAAAUCAGGAUUAAUUAUGCUUAUACAUUUAAUAUCAAAGCUAUCACGUUUGCUCCAACCAUCAGUGAUAUUCAUGGAAGGAGCAGAGAAACCAUUUGUAAAAAAGGUGUCAAAGACAGAUAAAACUGAUCCAAAACGUUUAAAAAAAGAUCUUCCCAAAUUAGUAAAAAGUAUUACAAAUGAAGACAGAGUUAUCCUUAUAGGAACUUCAAAUUCGCCAUGGGAUGGAGAUCAAAAACUCUUAUAUCAAACAUAUGAUAAAGUUAUAUAUAUUCCUAGACCAGAUUAUGGAUCUAUGUCUCUUAUAUGGAAAGAUUUAUUAUAUAAACAUCCCGGAAUUAAUAGACAAUUCGAUACAUCUGUUAUGGCUAAAAUUUGUGAUGGUUUUACUGUUGGCACAGUAUUAACGUCUAUUAACGAGGUAAUGACUACAAAGCGAAUAGUACAAUUAAGAACUCAUCCGUUAACACAUGGAGAAUUAAUAAACGCGUUAAGUUUCAAAGAUACAAUUUUUUGCGAAGAAGAAGAUACGUUCUUAGCAUGGCUUUUAAAAACACCUAUAAGCCGUAAAAAACAACGAGUUUUUGAACUUGAGCUUCAAAAGUUGGAAGAAGCAAAUGAAAAGCUGAAAAAGAAAGGAAAAAGAUCUUUAUAAAUAAGUGCAUUUGUAUUAAUUAACAAAAGUUAUAAAUGAUAAAAAAUCACGUUAAUUAUGUGAAAUAAUUAUUGCUCUUUGACUCAAGUUAAGUUAAAGAAAAAUUAAUUACACAAAAGAAAUAUUCCAUAAUUCAUCACCAUUCAUUAAAGUUAAUCAUCAAGAUUGUUUUCUUUUUUAUCGAUUUUUCAUUCGAUAUCAAUUUCUACCAAUAUAUAUUGACUAAACUGAGACAAGUUAAUAAUUGUAUGAUUGUAUGAUAUUGUAUUUUAUUUAUUUCUCUUUUUUGUUACUGGUCACUAAGUUGUUGCAAAAAUGCAUGCAAAAUCAAUUUACGUAAGUAAAAGUAAACGCAGCGUGACCACUGUUUACGUUCGAAACCGGUUUCAAGUAUUAGUUUAAGUAAAAAAUGAGUUUGCCAGCUACAUGACACGAGCGUCAAACAAAAAUGACCUUACAAAAAUGUUUAUUAGCUUUUCAUUCUUUUAUCAAAAUAGCGUGACAAAUAAAAAAAAAAAAUCUAGAAUUCUAUGUAUAUAG